UCUAUGGAGCAUAUAUAUAACUCGUCUUCAUUUCAACACUUAGUAUUUAACACCUUCAGGUUAUACGCCCAGUUUGAAGACACAGAAAAUGAUCACAUUGAAGACGACGUCUGUAGAUGAUGCCAAACCCGCAGAUGACAAGGAAAAUCAUCACGUUCAAUGACAAUGUGUGUUCGUGCGACAGCACCAUUUUCUUUCCUGUUUGUGGAGACGACGGGAUGACGUACUUCUCCCCUUGUUUCGCUGGCUGUACAAACCAAACUCUAUCGAUGUAUGGAGGUUGUAGCAAGGUGACGAGCGGCCAGACAACGGCAGGGAUGUGUGUCAGCGACUGCCCCUACUUCUACUACUACAUCGCCGUCGACGCGAUCCAGAAGUUGCUCCUAGCCAUCUCAGUCCUGCUAAUUUACCUGACACAAUUAAGGAGCGUAGAAAGCAAGGACAAGGCGAUAGCGUUUGGGUUGUUUUCGUUUUUGGCAUCUCUGCUCGUUGUCGAAGGCAUUGAUGGUCUGCCCCUCAAAAUAAAUCCAUUUGCAGUAUCCAAAGCCGUUGAAGCAAAAAUCAUGACAGCACGGACUGCUCUGGAGAUAUCAGAUGUGCAAACUGCAAUGAAAAAGAGAAAACAUUCGCGAAAGAAGGAAUCAAAGGCACUCAAACCUCUGGACGUGCCUGUGUCAAACCCUGUCGAGGUUCAUAACUCUUAUGAAUCUUUGGAUAUGGAAGUGUCUCCAUCGCUGUCAGUACAGCGUAAAGGACCUCAACCCCGUACUAGAUCUCCAAUUGAACCUCCAUGA